CUCUCUCUUAUCUCUUAACAAUUUCACAAACAACAAUGACUACAAUGUUUUGGAUUCUCAUUUUACUAAGCCUAAGUUGCUUGCUAGGAUUCAAUGCUCAAGCACCUUCACCAUCAAAGUUGCCACCUACAACCCCAACGGCAACGUCGCCGGUCACAACACAACCACCUAUCGUGGUGGCGCCGUCUCCUCCCAUCACAAUCCAACCACCUGCAAAUGUAGCUCCUAAAUCUUCUCCAGUCACAUCGCCAGCACCCAAGGUUGCACCAAUUUCAAGUCCACAAACUUCGCCACCACAACCACCAAAAAGUUCGCCUGUCUCAACUCCUACAUUGCCACCACCAUUACCACCACCACCAAAAAUAGCACCAACACCGGUUCAAACACCACCAGCGCCUGCACCGGUGAAGGCAACACCGGUCCCAGCGCCUGCACCCACAAAGCAAUCACCUUCUCCUACACCUGUUCCUUCACCACCAAUACCGGCACCAACGCCUACAAUUGAAGUACCCGCACCUGCACCUGUACCCCCAAAACAUAAGAGAAGACACAGACACAAACACCUGAAACAUCACUCACCAGCUCCGGCACCAACUGUCAUUCACAAGAGUCCACCAGCACCACCAACUGAUGUUGAUGCCGAUACAACACCGGCACCAGCACCUAGUCUUAAUUUGAAUGGUGCACCAUCAAAGUAUCAUCAAGGGAGAAAUAUAUGGGCAACAGUUGGAUUUGCCAUAAUUGUUUUUCUAGCUGUAACUGGCUACAGCAGCUAGACAAUAUUCACUCUAAGCACUUAAUUUGUUUGCAAAAUGUAAAAUCAUUUCAUAUGUAUAGAUCUGAAUAAUGAGUGUCUAUAUACUCACCAUUCUUUCUUUUUAUUUGUUUGCUCGGGAACAUUAAUCAAUAUGAAUUUUUGAAAUUAUCAGAAAAUGUCACAUAAAAAUAUCUCUGGUUAUGAGUUA